UGGUGUGAUUAUGUUAGCCUAAUGAUUUAAUAUUCAUAGUAUAAGUGAAUACCAAGAAAAUGUCGGUUUUUUUCGUUAAUACAUUUUAGUUCCAUUCAUCCAGCACCUUAAGUUUCAUUAUGGAGUUCUUUGUAAAAUCAAGUCAAGAUAGUGAGGUCGAGGGAGAUUCUAAUAGUGACUUACAAAUUGCCUCACCUGGAAGCUCUGAAGCUCAACAGGCAUUAGGGCAAUUUUGGCCAAAAGUCACAGAAGAAAUUAAAAAAAUUACAACUAUGGACUUAAAAACACAAUCCUUACCUCUUGCGAGGAUAAAAAAAAUUAUGAAACUUGAUGGUGAUGUUAAAAUGAUAAGUGCAGAGGCGCCAAUGUUAUUUUCAAAGGCAGCAGAAAUAUUUAUACAUGAACUAACACUUAGGGCAUGGGUUCACACAGAAGACAAUAAAAGAAGGACACUACAAAGAAAUGAUAUUGCAAUGGCAAUAACAAAAUAUGACCAAUUUGACUUUUUAAUUGAUAUUGUUCCAAGAGACGAAUUGAAGCAGAGUAAAGCUCAGACAGACAAUACCGUGCGAACUUCUAUGAAUUCAGAUCAAGUGCAUUAUUAUUUUCAAUUGGCACAGCAACAAGCUUCAGCUAAUCAAACUGUACAAAAUAAUGGAUCAUCGCAGCCUAUUCAAAUAGUUCAACCAUCUACUGGUCAAAUUCAAGCUAUUAAUAUAGGUAGUCCUGUAGAUCAAGAAACAAAUACAAGCACAACUCAAACACUUACAGUACAAAGUUCUCAACAGACAGGAGGGCAGCAAGUAAUACAAUUACAACAGCCUCAAACUGCAACUGCAACAGCUGGAGGUAUUCAAAUAGUUCAGCAAAUAGUUACACCUAGUGGAGAAAUUCAACAAAUACCUAUUCAAUUAACACCUCAGCAGCUUCAAAUGAUUCGAAUGCAAGUUCAAGGAGGAAGCAAUCAACCGAUAAUAAUUCAAGCAUCUCCUAUUCAAGCACAACCCCAAUUGAUUCAAGUAGCACAGGGUGGUCAAGCUCCAGUUUUCUUACAAACUAGUGCAGCGGAUAAUGAAUAGUUUUAAAUAUUUAGAUCACACAACGAUCAAUUCCUUUUAAAUCUAAGUUUACUUAAAAAAAUAUGUAAGAAUCGUUUGCAACACCAUAUAAGUUAUAUGUUUUAUAUAUUUAUAUGCAUGCGUAGAUAUAUGCAUAUACAUAUAUAUACGUAUGUAUCAAUGAGUGCAAGUGUCAGUCAUCGCUUAUAUAAGCAAUCCAUUUCAUCUUUGAAAAAAAUAAGAAUAAAUAUUUUUAUAAAUCAA